AUGGACGAAUACGAACCCCUGAUUAUUGAAGUGACGGGAAUACACACAAACACUUCAAGAGACACUUUAGAGAACUAUUUCUCGUCCUCAAAACGUGGAGGGGACAUUACGAAUAUAGAAUAUAAUAAAGGAAGUGGGAAUGCAUCAAUAACGUUUGCUAAUGCCGAAGGUAGGACUGUCUUUAUAUGCUAUAGCCGGAUCCAGCAAGCGGCAGCCGGCAAGGAACAGCAGAUUGUAGCCAACUAGAUCUUUCAAUUUUUCAAUGAACUAUAUAGUAUAACUUAUCGCUAUAAUGUAUUAAAAUGUUGCAAUUUCAAAAUAGUAUGAUGGUAUUUAGGUAUUUACAAUAGCAGAUCCGGAUCAGAUGGCAUAAUUCCAUCAUCUUUCACUUUCAAAAUCGAGCCGUUAUAUACUUAAGUCUUAACCAACAAACUAUCUUGCAACUUUAGUCGUUAAUAUAUUUAGUCUACACUGAAUAGAUCAAAUUUACAUGUUGUGUUGUGCGAUUUUGUUACUCGUGGAAUAAGACAAAGCAAUGUCAUAGUUCUUGCAGCCGUUAAAUUUAAUUCUAUUUCUACGGUAUCUCAUUAAAAAAGGUGGUAUAUAUUGAACGCAAGGUCUCACAAAGUUUAAUAUGAUUAAUUGCGAUACAGUCGGAUAGGGAUUUCCCCAUUAGUCAUUUCAAUUUGUUGUAAUCAGUUACAAGCAGAGUGUUUUAAUAUGCAUUCACUGUAUACUAUAAACACUGUCACUGCGAGUAUUAUAACUACUGUGUAUUAUAACUGCAUGAUAUAAAAUCACAAAAUAUUAUACACGACUCAGUCCCAGUGUAUAUGACAUAAGUUCUCGAACGAACCAACUUUAAAGAGAAAUUCUAUGCCUUAGUUAACCUGUUAACCAAAUAUACUGUAUACAUGUCUAUUAUCGCUUGGUAUGUAAAGGGAUACGGUGUUAAUUUCAUUCUGUUAUUCAGUAGUAAAAUACAGAACCUCGAGGUUCCUACUUCCGCUUUAGUAUUUCGUUCUGUUUUACCGGAAGCACUUGCCAAAUAACCAAAUUAUGAUCAAAUACGGCGACGAUAUUUGCUUUUGUUUGUUUGUAUACGAUAAUUGCAACAAAGAAUGUAUUUGUGUCAGAGUUAUUGCAUGUUAACACAUAUAAUAUUUGCUAAAUUAUUCAUUUUAUCCAUGUGUUUGCCUCUGCAGUGGAUUCCACUGAUCAUAUAUAUGCGAGAGAGGAAUACUGGCAAGCAACGAAAUUAGAUUUAUACGCGAUACAUCGCGCUAUAACGUAAUUGAGGGCAAAUUACGGAAGGUAUACCUGUAUUUUGAAAAUGCAUACUACAGUCCAUACUCAACAGCUAUUUUGAUAAGUGCACUAGUGAAAUAUUUUUUUCAGCACUUCUGCACUUGGUUGAACCAAGUAUUCGAGUAGAUGCAGGACAAUCCAAGUGAUGAUAUAUAAUAACGGGGGCACAGGUCAAGCCCCCUUUCUAUUCAACUUGCAAGCACUUUAAUCUUUAAUCUGAUACUCCUAAAUCAGCUUACACUACUAUACUGGGAGAUACUUAUAUUAGUUAUAUAUGUAUAUACAUUAACCAAAUAACUAUGAACUGCAUGUGUAUGAAAAACUUUAAAAGGUAAAAAUGUACAAUAAAAGUACCCUGCCAAAAAUUAUACUGAUGCUCUUAAUGCAGUUAAUGCAAGUUCGUUAAAAGGGAUGUUGUUCCAGGUUACAAUAGUUCUUGGGAAAAUUUGAAAAUAUAAUAUUUUUUUGUUACAAGAAACUUGCUGAAAGGAAUGAUGAUUUGGAAGUCGGGAUUUUCUUUUUAGAGGGCACACUUCAGGGAAGAAGUUUAAAUCAACGCAGCCUUGGUACAUCUUGUAGAACAUACACGACUGGUUAAGCAAUCUACGCCGUUCAAGUGUGUCCCAUCCUAAAUUGUUGAUCAUUGGAGGCCUCAUAUAAACCAUGUUUCAUGGCUGUAUAAGCCAUGUUUCAUAUUUCAUAGCUAGCUCACUGCGAGUGCAGGAAUAUCAAAAGUUGACCCAAAUAGAGUUAUUUCUACGUUAACAAGGAAAAUUUUAACCCGCGAUUGUUCUUGAGUGAAAAAAACCAUUUAAUUUUUUAAGGUGCCAAAAAGACCUUGGAAACAAGACCGCAUUCUAUUGAAGAAUGUACACUAACAAUACGACGAAAGAAGGCAGAAGUCUCAGAAAGUGAUAUAGAAAGAAAUAGAACUGAAGGAAUAGAUAUGAAAUAUAUCAAGUAUGGCACGAAAAACAGUGAGACUAUCAAUGCAAUAGCAACAUUCUACAGCCCGAUAGGUAAGCUAGCUGAGAAACGAUAAGCGAGGGUAUGUAACUGCCUUAUAGCGGUUUGUGUGGGUCAUUUAUUUAUGGUGAGGAUGGCCCCGAAAGAAAUGUUUUCUUGGUAAAACUUUUGCUGAUCCAACCAUUAAAAGGCAAAAACAUUUUUUACCCAAUGGCCAAUCUCUAUUAAUUUGAAAAAAAUUCAAUGUUCUCUCGCGUAAAAUAUUUAUGCUGUGGUGUUAAGGAGUUUUUCUAUUUUUUGGUGUUUCUUCAUAAUACGAAAUUUUAUCCAUAAAUAUGGGCCUAUAUACAUAUGCAUGCAUGCAGUAGCUGUGUUAGUGUAAAUUAAUCUACUUGGGGUUUAAGUCGGCUUCGAAUCCACAAUGAUGGUACAAGUAGACUUCUGACUUGCAUUAGAUUAGCACAAAAAAGUUUGAAUGAAUGAAAUCUGUCGAAAUACAAACUAUCAAUCUAAAUCCACACCCUCGAUAUUUCGCGUAGAGUCUUGUAUGUAUAGUACCAAAACCAUAAUGAAAAACGUUUAUUAUAGAUUUCGACAAGAUACAGGAAGGUUUGAAAAAGAACCCAAUAUUAGAAGGAAAACAUGUAUCAAUCAAGACAGUUCCUCUGUGUAAAACAAUUUUAGUACAAGACUUACCAACUACAGCAACCCCCGACUCCGUGUUGUACAGAUUUGAAAACGAAAGACAUGGAGGUGGCGAUGUUGAAACAGUCCCAGUCCAUCUAGACCUGGAGAAAAGAAUAGCUUUGGUUGAGUUCAAAGACCCAAAUG